AUGAACAAAGAAUUAGCAUCUAAGUUCUUAUCAAGCAUAAAUCAUGAACGUGAUCAAGACAUUCAAACAACUUCUAGGUUAUUAACAACGCUAUCUAUUCAACAAUUGGUGCAAAAUGGCUUAGCAAUAAAUAACAUACAUUUAGAAAAUAUUAGGUCUGGCCUCAUUGGCAAACUGUAUAUGGAGUUGGGGCCCAACUUAGCAAUAAACGGCGAGAUACAAAGGGGCGAUAUUAAAGUUGGUGACAUUGUUCUGAUACGUCCUACCAAAACUAAGACGAAGAACAAAUCUGGGGCCAAAUCUGGAAAGGCAUCUGAUGACUCCAACGGGGAGCAAGUGGAGUGUUCAGGCGUUAUAUACAGAAUGAGCGAUACUCAAAUUACCAUCUCUUUAGAAGAAUCUCAAGACGCUAUCGCCACCACGUUCUAUUCCUAUAACAGUCUUUACAUUUUGAAGACCACUAAUGUUGUCACAUAUAAGAGAAUGGAAUCGACAAUGAGGAAGCUAUCUGAGUUUAACACACCAAUACAGGAUAAAAUUAUACAAUAUUUAGUACAUGAGCGUCCCUUUAUCCCCAACACAAGCAACCUUCAAAAAAUCGAAUCCUUCCUGAACCCAGAUUUGAAUGAUUCUCAAAAAAUCGCUAUAAAUUUUGCCAUUAACAAUGACUUGACCAUUAUACAUGGUCCUCCAGGGACGGGCAAAACGUUCACUCUGAUUGAAUUAAUUCAGCAACUGUUAAUCAAACAUCCUGAAGAGAGAAUAUUAAUUUGUGGGCCUUCAAAUAUUUCUGUGGAUACCAUAUUGGAGAGACUAACGCCUCUCGUGUCUAAUAAUUUAUUACUAAGAAUCGGCCAUCCUGCUAGGUUAUUAGACUCUAACAAGAGACACUCCCUUGAUAUACUUAGUAAAAAGAAUACUAUUGUGAGGGAUAUUUCCCAAGAGAUAGAUAAGUUAAUUCAGGAAAACAAAAAAAUGAAGAGCUACAAACAAUGUAAAGAAAAUUGGAACGAGAUCAAACUAUUGCGCAGAGAUUUAAAGAAAAGAGAGUUCAAAACAAUUAAAGAUUUGAUUAUCCAGUCAAGGGUAGUGGUUACCACUUUACAUGGAUCAUCUUCGAGAGAACUAUGUUCUCUUUAUAGAGAUGAUCCUAAUUUCAAACUUUUCGAUACAUUGAUCAUUGACGAAGUUUCACAGGCUAUGGAACCGCAAUGCUGGAUUCCACUGAUCUCCCACCAGAAUCAGUUCCAAAAGUUAAUUCUUGCUGGUGACAACAAACAAUUGCCGCCUACAAUCAAAACGGAAGACGACCAAAAUGUUAUUCACAAUCUGGAAACAACAUUGUUUGACAGAUUAAUCAAAAUAUUCCCGAAAAAAGAGAUGGUGAAAUUCCUUAACGUUCAAUAUAGGAUGAAUGAAAAAAUCAUGCAAUUCUCAUCGCACUCAAUGUAUAAUGGAAAGUUAUUGGCGGAUGCAGCGGUGGCAAACCGACUUUUGAUAGACCUACCGACAGUUGACGCAGCGUCAUCAUCAGAUGACGCCGAUACGAAACUACCUCUAAUUUGGUAUGAUACGCAAGGCGAUGAAUUUCAGGAAACUGAAGAUGAAGCCACUAUUCUUGGAUCCAAGUAUAAUGAGGGCGAAGUCGCCAUUGUGAAAGAACACAUCGAGACCUUGAGGUCUUUAAACGUCCCGCAGGACUCUAUAGGUGUUAUCUCUCCAUAUAAUGCGCAAGUUUCACAUUUAAAAAAGUUAAUCCAUGACGAGUUAAAAUUAGCUGAUAUUGAAAUAUCAACUGUGGAUGGGUUCCAAGGCCGUGAAAAGGAUGUCAUUAUAUUGAGUUUAGUUCGUAGCAAUGAAAAAUUUGAAGUUGGUUUUCUGAAGGAGGAAAGAAGACUGAACGUCGCCAUGACAAGACCGAGAAGACAACUAGUUGUUGUUGGAAAUAUAGAAGUGCUACAAAGAUGCGGUAACAAAUAUCUGAAAUGUUGGUCAGAAUGGUGUGAAGAAAACGCUGACGUAAGGUACCCUAACAUUGACGAUUAUCUAUAA